AGUGCUUUACUUUGCUGCUGCUUUUUUUUUUAAAAAAACGUUGAUGUUUAGUUGAAUGGAUAUCCACUCAACCACACUUUCUCCCUCCAAUAGUAUCAUCAGUGGAGAUGGUCUCUCCUCUCUUAAACAGCCCUUACUCUCUCACCAUGGCCACUGUGAACCUUCAAUGCCGAGAAUGGAAACUCACAAGGAGGAGACCAUGGAGAACCAGAGCAGCCAACAACCCCUGCAACAAGCACCAACAGGAACCACCUUCCUCAGGACUUGUUUCAAUGGACUCAACGCCUUAUCAGGAGUGGGAAUACUAUCGAUCCCAUAUGCACUUUCUGAAGGAGGGUGGUUGAGCUUGGUUUUUCUUUUCAUCAUAGCAGUAGCUUGUAACUACACAGGUUUACUUUUAAAAAGAUGUAUGGAUGCACACAGAUUGGUGAAAACCUAUACUGAUAUAGGUGAGCUUGCUUUUGGUUACAAAGGAAGAGCUAUGGUAGCUUUGUUCAUGUAUCUUGAGCUGUAUCUAGUCGCCGCGGAAUUUUUGAUAUUGGAAGGUGAUAAUUUAGAGAAGCUAUUUCCAAACAAGAAUUUCCAACUUGGAAGCUUGACAAUUGGGGGGAAACAAGGUUUUGUUCUGGUUGCUGCUCUUCUAAUCUUGCCCACAACUUGGUUAAGGAAUUUGGGUUUACUUGCUUAUGUCUCUGCUGGUGGGGUUUUGGCUUCUAUUAUUGUUGUGGGUUGUGUUGCUUGGGCUGGUGCAGUGGAUGGUGUUGGAUUUCAUGAAAGUGGAAAGCUUUUGAAUUGGGCUGGAUUGCCCACUGCAAUCAGCUUAUAUGCCUUCUGUUACUGUGGUCAUGCUGUGUUUCCUACUUUAUGCACUUCUAUGAAAGAUAGAAGCCAGUUUCCUAAGGUGUUGGUGAUUUGCUUUAUUCUUUGCACCCUCAACUAUGGAUCGAUGGCUGUUUUAGGCUACUUGAUGUAUGGAGAAGGCUUGAAAUCUCAAGUGACAUUAAACCUUCCUGUUGGAAAGAUUAGCUCAAAGAUAGCAAUUUACACAACAUUAGUCAAUCCAUUCACAAAGUAUGCGAUUAUGAUCACCCCAAUUGCUGCAGCGAUUGAAGACUGGUUUCCGUUCCGAAACAGCAGACCGAUAAGCCUCCUUAUUAGAACAGUAUUAUUGAUCAGUAAUGUGGUUGUAGCACUAACCAUUCCAUUUUUCGCAUACCUAAUGGCAUUCAUUGGUGCAUUUCUGAGUGUCGUGGUCUCACUGUUGCUGCCAUGCAUCUGCUAUCUCAAGAUUUUCAAGUCCUCACGGAGCUUCAAUCUAGAAUUGGUGAUUAUUUGUGGGAUUUUGGUCCUGGGGAUCAUAGUUGCAGUGUUAGGUACUUAUACUUCUCUUAGGCAAAUUGCCGAACAUCUGUGAAACAUUUUAAUCUAGCUAGAAUGUAAAGCCAGCUUUUUGUUUCAA